UAGGGAUCCUGAUAGGAGAUACAGUACCAUAGUAGCAGAGCAAUCCUGUACUGAACCAUGUCCUGGGCUGUCCUCCUCCUCUCUCUCACCUCUCUCUGUACAUAUUCGGCCGCCCAAGUCUCUAUAACUCAACCAGUAUCUGAAUCAGUGAAAUUGGGAGAGACAGUGAGAAUCUCCUGCACACUCAGUGGUGCCAGUAUCGGUAAUCUCCAUAUGUACUGGUACCAGCAGAAAGCAGGGAAUCGCCCCAGAUACUUGUUACGUUACUAUUCAGACUCAAACAAACACCAGGGAGAUGGGGUACCUGAUCGGUUUUCGGGAUCCAAAGAUUCCCCAAAUAAUAUUGGCUAUUUAACCAUUAAAGGAGCCUUACUAGAAGAUGAUGCAGAUUAUUACUGUGCUACGUGGCAUGCCAGCUCGUGGAUUUUUGGAGGAGGAACGCAACUCACAGUUAUCACAGGUGACGUGAAAGCCCCUUCAGUGUCCAUCUUUGCUCCCUCCGAGGAAGAAAUAGCCACCAAAAAGGCAACAGUGGUCUGCAGUCUGAGUGAUUUCACCCCCAGAGGUGCCACAGUGAAGUGGCUGGUGGAUGGGAAAGAACAGACUGACAGUGUUCAGUCCUCAGGGCUCAGCAAACAGAGUGACAACCUGUAUAUGGAGAGCAGUUAUCUGUCCCUGACUGCAGAUCAAUGGCUCAGACAUGAAACCUAUUCCUGCAAAGUGUCUCAUCAGGGCAAGGAAAUAAUCCAGACGCUGAAGAGAUCUGAAUGUGUAUAACUCUCUGUCAAUCUUGUCUAAUCUUCAGUGCUACAUAAGCCUUUCAGGAUUCGUUUACAGAUAUAUAACAGGCUUAGAAAUGUUAUUUUCUUUCUGAUUGCUAUAUAUUAAAAAUUCUUUAAUGUUUGCCCAGUCCUAAAACUAUUGCUUAGAGUAAAGAUUUCAUGCAUGCAUCUUCCAUUUUUUUCUUUUCACGUCUUUGUCCAUCUAAAUCAUUCAAUAAAUGAAUUGUACCUUUA